AUGAGGUUGACUGCAGGAAGUGGAAUGCAUGAUGUUGAGCAAACACGAAUGUUUGCUCAGUGGUUGUUGGAUUUGGGUGAAGGGAAACUAGGCGGAUCUAAUGAUGGUGAUGCGAUUAUAGAUAUACCCGAUGAUCUUUUAAUCAUAGAUUCCGCUGAUCCUAUUUCAAGUCUUAUAGAGUUUGUUUAUCCUUCUCUUCUUGAAAAUUACCAAAGUUCUGGCUUUUACCAAAAAAGAGCGAUUCUUGCACCGACAAAUGAAGUUGUUGAUGAAAUUAAUUCUCAGUUGUUGCUGAUGUUCCCAGGCGAUUCCAAGGAAUACCUAAGUUCCGAUAGUAUUUAUGAGACAGAAAAUCUACAUGAUGGUUUUGAUCAAAGUUUAUACUCUCCCGACGUACUAAAUGGUCUUAAGAUCUCCGGUGUUCCAAAUCAUAAAUUAGUACUAAAGGUCGGUGUUCCCAUCAUGCUCCUCAGAAAUAUUGAUAAAAAAAAUGGUCUAUGCAACGGAACUCGCUUAAAGGUAAUAUCACUUGGAAAUCGCGUUAUUGAAGCAGAAGUGAUAUCUGGAAGCAACAUUGGUGCUCGAAUUUUUCUUCCUAGAAUUGGUAUAAUACCGUCGGAUAAGAAGGUUCCUUUUAGAUUUCAAAGAAGACAGUUUCCUGUUGCUUUAUGUUUCGCUAUGACAAUUAAUAAAAGUCAAGGCUAG